AUGAUUGAGCUGAGAAUGGCUGAUAAGGCGGUGAAAGACUGGAGUGACCAGGCUUCGUUCACCGCAGAUUUGCAGAGGACGUUUCGCGAUGAUGCGUGGAGAAAUAUCGUGCCGGGGCUUCCUGCUCUCGUGCUUCGGUGCACUCUCAAGCUUGCCAAUGCCGUUACCUCUGGGUCUAUUCUGGCUGCUAGACAGGUUAGGAUGAAGCUCGUAAAAGAUUGGCUUCCGGUGCUGAUUGUAUGCAAAGACAAAAUCCCUGCCAUGUUGCCAAGUCACCCAUCACCAUACCGCGAGCUAGAAGAAACAUUCUUACGCAUUAUCUCUACACUGCCCAUGCUGGAUGCACAGGAGUUGUUGCAGCAGUGUCUCAGCUUUUCAACUCGAAAUGUUGAAGACUGCCCUCAUUUGGUCUCCGCGUUUAAAACCUGGUUUCGCCGUGCAAAUAGAUCUCCUCAAGCAGAAAACCUUUAUUAG